AAAUUACAUUCUGCUACCUAGUGUUAGUACUCUCCUGGACUAAUCAUGAAGGGGGAAUUCAGACAUUUCACUCUUAAACCAUGAUUAGCAUUUGGUAAAAUGUCGUAGACAGUUCAGUCCCCACCUAAACCUCUAAAAAGCAUCCAAAAUCGGUUUCUUUUUCCAGUGUCUGCUUUUGAACCACUGGAAACCAAAAGGAAAAUGUCAUCAAACUAUGGACCUCCAAUCUCCUCAGUAGUCAUUUUCACGAAACAUACUCCUCUUCCUUUCUCUCCCACCUCUUUUAUGUCAAGGUGAUCACAUGCCACAUUCCAUUACCUAAACACAGUGAGACAUGAGAGGAAUGAGGGGAAAAUUUCUCAAGACAUUGAAGUCCAUCCCAACAAUUAGUUCUUUCAGACAUGGCCUGGUUUUUCAGCUAAACCCCACAGAAAAGAUUUCCAUUCGGAAGAAUCACAGUUUCUCCGCUGAGCUUGUAGUUAAGGAAGCACUCAAGGAUGAAGAUAAAGAAUUGGGGUUCAAUGUUGGCGACAAUGAGAGUGUUACGCCACCAUUUUUAGAUUUUGAGGAAGAAACAGACGAGGAAGAAAACCUUCCAUCUUUGUUAGAUUUCGAAGAGAAAUGUCCACCCGGGGGAGGCGACUCUGUCAUUCUUUACACAACAAGCUUGACAGGUAUCAGAAAAACAUUUGAGGACUGCAAGGCAAUCCGAUUUCUGCUUGAAAGUUUCAAGGUAACGGUGCAAGAGAGGGACGUUUCGAUGCACAUGGAGUUCAGGGAAGAGUUGUGGAAGAUGUUUGAUAGUAAAGUGAUCCCUCCGAGGCUUUUCAUCAAGGGGAGGUACAUUGGAGGAGCUGAUGAAGUAGUAGUGCUUCAUGAGCAAGGAAAACUGAAGAAGCUCUUAGAAGGAAUCCCACAAGACCUGUCUGAUUCACCAUGUAGCGGCUGUGCCAACAUGCGAUUUGUUGUGUGCUUCAAUUGCAAUGGAAGUCGAAAGGUGUUUACAGACAGUGAUCAUGAAAAUGAUGAACUGCACGUUAAAUGUGCAAAGUGUAACGAAAAUGGUCUGAUCAGGUAUGUGCAGGUAGAUGAGAGUUCUUCUUACCUUCAGAUACCAAAUUCGAAAUGAUGGGCUAGGGAAGACCAUGCACAUGGCUCGUCCUAAUACUUGGAUAGAAGUCACUGAUUGAUAUUGAAAGGUUAUAUGUACUAAAAGAGGUGUGGGGCUAAUGAUGAAGCAUUCACGCCAACAACUUUAUGCUAAAGUGCCGAGGCAUCUUU